CACCCGCAGUGAAGAAUUACUUGGACAACUCCCUUUGUUGAUAGAUAUAUGACGUAUACCACAAUUAAUGCUCUACCUCUAUGACAACAUAAUGUGCAGCAUGGUGAAAUCUCAAAACGCUUGGCAUUUUUGAAAGAUAAGGGUAAAUCAAUUAUUAAGAGCAAGAUGAUAUGGAAACAUAUGAAAAGAGAAGGGCAAGUGAGUCUAUUUACGUUCAAUGUAUCAAACAAAGACAGGGACUUGCUUACCUGGUUGGGAAGGAAUAAUGUUCAUCAUUUCCCUAUUAUUUCAAGCAAGGAAUGUCCUAAACAAGAUCCUUCCAGUGUGGACAACGGGAUUGCUGUGACGUACAUUAUCAAGCGAUUAUCGGAAGGUCUUGAAUUAGAGUCUACCUUUAAAAAAGGUGCCAUGACUCAGCAGAGAGCACAUGUUUUGGGAAGGUUCUUAAGUGACAACAAUGACGGUUAGGCUCAUCUUUGUGAAAGGAGUUUGGGAGGGACAGGAAUGCCAUUUGGAAGGCCUUUCAUCAGUUUUUAUG